AUGAAAGGAAAGCUGGAACCUUUGGUGCGCCAGGCACUGCUAGAAGAAGGUCAGGGCUUUUGCACGAGAAACUUGCUAUCUGAACCUGCUCUCUGUAAAGUUUGUUGACCCACAAAAUAAAGCUGAGUUGUCUAAUGUAGUUAUUCUUGCUGCAGGGAAGAAUUUGAAAGAAAGACUCAUUGCAUUAGAAGAGGACCUUACUCACGUUACAGAUAAUCUUCAACUUGAAGCUCAGUGUAUACCAAAUGUUACCCAUCCUGCUGUUCCUAUUGGUGGAGAGGAGAAUUCUGUUGAGAGAAAAUUGGUAGGAUGUCCACGGGAGUUUAGCUUCCCCAUUAAAGAUCACAUGCAGAUUGGAAGGGAACUAGAUCUCUUUGAUUUUGAUGCUGCUGCAGAGGUAUUGUUCCCUAGUUAUCUUUUUUUUUGCUUAUAUGUUUCGGCGUUAUAAACAGAACCCCGCUCCCAUCCCUCCCCCCCCCCUUCAAAUUAGAGUAGAGGCAAAAGUAUAAAAAAUUAGACAAGGAAUGUGGAAGAUAUAGCCUAUGCUCGGGAAAUCAGAAAAGAAAAGUUAAAAGGUGAAUGGAAAAAUACCCGAAGAUAGCUCUUCUUCUCAUCUAGCCAGAUGCCAGGAUAGGAAAUUAAUGAAAUUAACUAAAAUAUUACGGUUAUUCUCUUCUUAGUGCAAGUUAAAAUAGAUUCCUGAUAAUUUCAAUCUCAAAACCCUUAGCCAAACCAACGGUGUCUCUAAACUCUGCAUGAUGAUGGCAUGCACUUCUUUGUAAUUCUGCUUGAAUAUUCUUCAUAGCUGUUUAUUUAAUAUUUUCCUAUUCAAAAUAUGUGCAAAAGACCACCUUCCACCAUUCAGUUUCUUCAACAGAAGGUUGAAUCCAAUUCAAUUUCUGCAAGGGAUCAUAACACUUCCAAUGACAUUUGUGAAAAAAAUGUUGUCCUACCAUGUAACCAUUAUCUCUGUACAAUUAAGUAAGAUAUUGACUUCUAAAUACCCUUUUAAAUUUCUUAAAAAUAAGAACCCGUUCAAAUUCUAUUUCUGCAAUCUAUUAUACUCUUAACCAAUUUUCCCAUAUGUAUGUAACAAUUUUUCAAGUUUUACAAACUCAAUGACCUGUCUUUCCUUCUCACGGUGAAUAUUUCUCCAAAUAAGAGUAAAAAGUGAAAAGGAUGAUGAAAAAAUAUCCUUCUAUUGCCAUUUCUGAAGUAUCUGGCAUUAUAAAUCAAUCCACGAAAAAUAUCCACUCAAAAUCUUAAUAGCAGUUACCAAGACAUACAUUUUUGUGCAUUUCAAUUUAUCCAUUCAGAUUCCGUGCCCCUUUAGAUCAUGUCCAAUAAUUUAUUUCUGUUAAUUUCAUUCAAAAAUAGUUUCUUCUUGACCGUCAAUUUUGACCCUGCUGGUUUUUGGUAUGUUGAAAAUUUAUAAUCACUGAGUGGCUUGCCUUUCACACUUUGUCUGAAAUCAAAUUUCUAAACUGAAGCAUUCUGCAAAAAGAUAAAAGAAGGUCCAAAAUUUAGUAUCAUGUGCUGUUCGGUGAAAGAUCCUCUUUUGGAAAUGAAGCAAAAAAUUUCAGUUUCAGAGGCUCUUCUACUUCCACUAUUCGUUUCUUCAUCUGCUCUUCUUCUGCAUCUUCUUUGUCGUCCAGUCCUCUUUUCCUCUUGCACGAUUCCACUCAUAGUUGCUCUUCCACUACACAUGUAAGAGUGAACACACAUCUGUCGAGCAAUUGUCUCCAGUAGAUCUGGAUAUUCUUUUUUCCAGUUGUCUUUGGGAUCACUUUUGAGCCACCAAUGUUUGUGGCAAUCUGUCUCUAAGGUUCCACUUUUCUGAGAAGAUGCUAAAACAAGCUCAUUUUGUCAGAUACCUUAUGCCUAACAUACAGUGAGGUUGAACUCCUAGGAGCAAGUGCUUCAAUGCCUAUUCAUCCUUCCUCCUUAGGUUGGAAAUUAUUCUGAUGUGUAAAAUGAUAUAGGCAUCACCUGUGUAAAAUGAACUAGCCAAAACAGAAUUCGCCUUUCAGUUGGGAUUUAUAACUCUACCGUUUGGAAGCACUUCACUAACUGCUGCAUGUUGUCUUAGUCUGCAAUGAUAUGAUAAGCUGACAAAAAUACGGUAUUGGCCUCUGUUUACUCAGUUUUUGCUUUGAGGAGCCUACAGUAGCUUCAACAGAAAUCUUUCUGCGUAGGGUGAGUAUGAUUUCAACCUGAUAUUCUCUCCUUGCAGAAUCCUUCCGAAUCACAGUGCCAUAGGAGUAACCAUACUGGUGGUGUCAAGUUUGGACGAUCUAUUUAGGCAAUGGACCACCUCUGAGUUAUUGAAGGACGGAUGUUUCAGCCUAGUAUGGUUUUUAUUGGAGGCCACCUUGUAGUUUCAAACUGAUUUCUGCAUGGCAGAGACACCUGAAGGGUGGGUGGAUAGCAUGCUGGUUUAUCCUCUUUGCCGCAUCUUGUGGUAUUUGUGGUCGAAAGUAAUGUUGGGAUCUUUAACAGAUAGAGCAUGACGCAAAUGUGUAUUUCUAGGUUCAAAUAUGAGAGCAAUUCAAUGGAAACUUUUUAGGGGACAUCAUUCGAUGGGUAUUUCUAGGUUCAGAUCGAGGGGACUAAUUCCAUAUCACUGAGUACCAUGAUACAUUAGGGGACAUCAUUGGCAUUGUCUUAUUGACAAGUGAUUCAUUAAUUUGGGAAAGAGGCCAUAUUGGUGAACAAACUGCUCUUUAUUUUCGCAUGGCCCUUGUCUUUAUUAACAGUGAAGUACCAUUAUUCCCCCUCUGCAUUCCAUGGAGAGAAUUCCUCACCAGACGCACAGUUAGAUAUAUAUAUAUAUAUAUUUACUUAUUUAUAUGUAUUUAUUUAUUUAUUUUCAUGAGAUUUAAUUUGUGCACCUUUCAAACUUCUCCCUUCCUGAUAAACGGUGGGAUUAUUAUUUGGAUUAUGCAUCUAAAUUUGAUAAGCAUUUUUUUGUGUGGUAUAUGCUUCAUGGCCUACUGUAUUCUGUGCAGGUUAGUGGCUCAAAAUUUUAUUACCUUAAGAAUGAAGCCGUUCUCUUGGAAAUGGCUUUGGUGAACUGGGCAAUUUCUGAAGUAUCAAAGAAGGGUUUUACACCGUUAAUUACUCCGGAGAUUGUGAGAUCAUCCAUUGUUGAAAAGUGUGGGUUUCAACCUCGUGGGAAAAAUACUCAGGUUUGUGUUUUUGAUCAUGAUCAUGAAUUGAAUUAUCUCAUCUUGAUGAUUCAUUUGAUCUUUCAUUAUUUUUAUCACCCUAAACUGACGUGUAUUGGCUGAUACACUAAAUUUUCAUUUAUAUGUUUUCGUAUUUUAUUUGCAAGAAAUCGUUUAAAAUAUGUCACAGUGACUUUUGAUGACUUAUAUGAACAUUUUUUUGUCACACCCUGUUGUUUAAAUUAUUAACCCGCAUACUAGUGGGUCGAGAGUGUCUUUCUCCAUGGUUGGCCCAGGCAUGGACCACGGCAGCCCUGCAAACCUGAUUCUAGGAGCCUUUUUGCUGUCUAUUAGCUAGUUUAUGCUUUCUCUGAGUCCUCAGAUAGGGACACAAGUUUGUAGAAUCUUUUAACAAAAUAAUUUGACAUACCGCAUUGAUCAAUUUUCCAUGUUUUUAGCUUCAGAGUGCACCUUUAAUAUUUGUGAACAGGUUUACUCUAUUGAAGGAAGUGAUCAGUGCCUCGUUGGAACUUCAGAGAUUUCGGUUGGAGGUAUCCAUAUGGAUUCGAUUGUUCCUGAUUCUUCAUUGCCUUUGAAGUAUGUAGCCUAUUCCCACUGCUUCAGAACGGAGGCUGGUGCUGCAGGGAUGGCAUCUCGGUAAACUGACGGUUUUUACUCAUAAGUCCCAACCAUCUUUUUUGUGUUGAACAAACUGUCAAACACUACCUGUAAUGUAAUGGCAUUUCUAUGUGCUGACUGAUUCUCUUAACUCUUACUGGGAUUUUCAUUGGCUGUACUUUGGAAACUUUGAUGUGUUGAACAGGCUGUCUAACACUAACUUUAAUUUAAUGGCAUUUCUUUGUGCUGAAUGAUUGUCUUUAACUCUUACUUGGAUCUUCAUUGUCUGCAAUUACAAGCAUGAUUUUGUGUUUGAGAACAACAGUAAUUCAAGUUUGGUCAGAUCAUCAAACCACCACGUCAAAUCUGAUAUGCCAAGCUGAGCGGGAUGUAGGGAAAACAUCUAGUUUGCGUUAAAAAAAUUUAGAAUAAAUACUCACAUCAGUAGAAAGUGUAUAAAUGGACUAAAAGUUCGAAUGAAGGUUAUGUUUAAACCAAUAGUUUAGUGAACUUCCCUGGAUUUGUGGAUUUCCUCCACUCAUCUCCUUUGUGAGCAAUCGCUGCAUACUGGGCUGAGCUUCAUGGUGUGGCGUGCCAGGAAAGGGCAACCAGUUGCUGCAUGGCUGAAGCUGCUGGAGCUGCUGUCAGUUAACAGUGUGGACAGGGGUAGCAGGAUAAAGGUGACUAGCGGUUUUGGGUGAUGUUGAUGGGAUUUCCUCCCAUUCCACCCUCCAGCUGCCUUAUUCCUCUAUCAGCAGCUGUGCUGCUAGAAAACUUCUGAUCCUGGAUCAGAUGAGAUUUGUCAAUCAUCCAUAUAACUAGCUGAAAUCUCUAUGAUUGCAGGCUGACGCCAGUUCAGCCUACCAGUUAAGUCAAGCCGAUUUCUGUCUUUUUUGCAUCGUUGGAGCCUCCAACCCGGAAAAGGAACAGGAAAAGGGAGAAGUAUUUCCAAAUUUCCAUCAUCGUGUUAAGAAGAAUGCUGUUUGGAAUGUUUCUUAUAGUAUUGGCAUAUUAAGAUGAAUGCUAAAUCUGCAGUCAAGGACCAGCAUAUGUUGAAAUUUGUCCAAAGGUUAUAUAGUCGAUGAUUGAGAUCCUAAAAAAUGAUGAUUGGACUUAUGCUAAUAUGAUGAUGAUGAUGAUAUUAGGAAAUCUACACGUGUUUUCUUCCAUUUACAGAUAAUUCUGCAUCGUUAAAAUAGAAUUAAAAUAGCAUUAAAAGAUGUGUAUUAGUUUAUAUGCAGAUAAAACUGGACAGGACUUGAAGAAUUGAGGUUUUUCAUAAACUAAGAAUUAGAGUCUUUUUAUAAAACAAUUCGCAGGAUUUGUUCAUAUUCUUUGUUCAGUGAAUGUUGGUCUUCAUGUGUGUUUAAUAUGACUCCUAUCAUCAUUUAUGUUGAUUUUUUUUCACACAAGAUAUCCUAAAUUUUAUUCGCAAUGAUGAUUGGACUUAUGCUAAUAUCAUCUGAUGCAGUACCUCUUCAAUUUUGGUUUGCUUGAGACUUUUGACCAAAAAAGCUGAGGCUCAUUUCUAUGCUUUGGUGCAAUUUUUGUCAAAAACAUCUCAGAUGUAUAGAACUUGCGGAAAUUAGGAUUUAAGUUCCUGCGCAGUUUGGAUUGAUUCACUAGAUUGACCAGACUGGCAAAAGUGUCACACGUUACAUGGUUGUGCUCUUGUAUCUUAAUGUUUGCUCUUUUGAUUCGUAAUGCUGUCAGAUGUAUGCCAUUCUACUUAUUAAAACACAGAUGAAGAUUUGCCUGAUUGGUGCACACUGACUAGGAAACCUGUACACUUUGCCAUGGAGUUCUUAUUUGGUAGCGUACAAACAUGAGCUUUUAUUUUCAAACACAUGCUAUACACUUAGUUCAAUUUUUUUUUGUACAUCUGGACAGUGGUCUCUAUCGAGUGCAUCAGUUUAGCAAGGUGGAGAUGUUCAUCCUCUGCCGGCCUGAGGACAGCAACCUUUUCCAUGAAGAGCUUAUUGAAAUUGAAGAGGAGCUUUUUGCAUCUCUCGGACUUCACUUCAAGUAGUCUCAUUGCCUUCUUUGGGGUGUCACAUCCUACACAUAUUCUUGUUUACGAAUCGUUCUGAUUUUACCCACAGGACUUUGGAAAUGCCAUCAGAGGACUUGGGGGCACCUGCAUAUCGCAAAUUUGAUGUAGAGGCGUGGAUGCCGGGUCUGGGGCGUUAUGGUGAGGUAUGCCAAUUCCAGUUUUUGGAAUGUGGUCGUGAUGUCGGUUGUUUGUUAACAAAGGAAGAGACAUUGUUAUCACUUUGGUUUCUAGGGAAGCAUUAUUGAUAGCAAUAUGUAUUCCAAUCGCAUCCAUUAGAAAAAUGGGUACUUCGCUUUUUCAUGUCAGGCAUUUGCUUUUCACCAUCCAAAGUGAUAAAUUAUAUUAUUUCUUUAUUAUGUUAUUUAAAAUCUUAUACUAAUAUAUUGUUGCAGCACACAAUGUGUUUUGAUUGACCUAUGUGAUGACAGAUAUCGAGUGCCUCAAACUGCACAGACUAUCAGAGCCGCAGAUUGGCUAUUCGUUACCGUCCAUCUUCAUCGGACCAGGAGGCAGCCGUCAGUGGAAAGAGAGGCAAGGGAGCCAGUGCCGCUCCAACCCAGUUUGUACACACACUGAACGCCACUGCUUGUGCUGUUCCUCGCAUGAUCUUGUGUUUGCUCGAGAACUUCCAGCAAGAAGAUGGAUCCGUCAUCAUUCCUGAACCACUACAGCCUUUCAUGGGUGGGCUCGCUGUUAUUUACCCAAAGUCAUGA